AUGGGAGUGGGCGAUUACGUCCACUCCAAGGAGGCCGGGCAGCCCCGUGUCCCCCCCGACUUAGGCCCGUCGCAGCGCCAAUUGCGGGCCGCGCAAGCAAAAAUUGAAAUGCCCAUCGCGCAUCUGGACAGAUCGAACAUGAACGGAAAUUCUGUCCCGCUGGGGCUAGGUUUUCAGGGGGCGCCUCUCCCUCCAGACCAACAUUCCCGUACACUCCCUGAAAAUGGACACCCGCGGGACGUAUUUGACACCGACGUGGAAGCCAUCGAUGAUUCGACCAUCGCAGCAACCAGUGUUUUCGGCUAUGACGAUGGUCACUCUCCGACAGCACCUAACGAAAACGUUCCUUUUAAUGAAACAUCCCCUCGGCCAUCUUACCUGCCUCGGCCUACUCGUCAUGCCCGAGCAUCUUGGUAUGGUGGCAGCCUGGGUGACAAAGUCAUGAAGAAGGCAGGAUUUGACUCCGACGAUGCGCAUGAUACCUCGAGCCAAGUAACGUCGUCUGCUGGGGCGGACGACGAGAAAACCGAAGAGCCCAAAGAACCCAGCAGCUGGUUCUUGUCUCACAAGCAUCGUUCAGCGGAAGAGCCGCUCAGCAAACGCCUCGAGAACUUUUGGUCUGCGAGUAAAAGAGUUUCAAAAUCCGUGGAUCGGCCACAGGCAGAAUCUCGUUCAUCGCCUCCUGUGAAUCCAAUCCCGGAACCUCAGCCACGGAAACUGGGCCAUAUGCUGCCUCCCACCGGGCCUAGGAAGAUCAUCCUGCCACCAGCCACGUCUGGAACACCAAGAACGCGCUUCAGUCCACCCAAGCCAUCACUGCUGGAUCAGCUGGAUAUCUCACCAACUCGUCAUAGUUCCGAGCCGCCACUACAAGCUGGGCGAACUCUCAGCAUGACGGCUUUCCAUCCCGCCGAGCAUAGCGAUGAUGAGGACGAAAGCGAAGCUGGCAUUGAUGAAACGAUACGAGUCGAUAGCCGCCGUGAAAGUGGUCAAUCCUCCAAUAUCUUCGAUGUCACAAACCUGGCGGAUCUCGAUCGCAAUGGCGACGAUGAACUGAUGCAAGACCCAUUUCUCUCACAAUCCACCACGCGUGCCCGCCGCAACACGGUGAUUAACACCAAAAAACGACCCAUUGAAGCCGACUACCCUCCACACCUGCUGUACCAAAAGUCCUUUGCUGAAUUGCAAGCUGAACCUUUCGACAAAACUCCGACUCCUCCUCCCCCUCCUGCUAGAUCACCUUCAUUGCCGCCACAGCCCUCGGUGGCCCCAUUCACACAGUCUCCGGAUAAUGCUGUCUCGAAUCUAAUGAUACUUCCCGAGCAAGACCGUCAGACAUACCUGGCUCGCAUGUCUGUCGACGAAUGGGAAGACUGUGGAGACCAGAUCAUUGACCGAUUCACCCAUCUCCUCACCGAGAUGAAGAAUCUGCGUCGUGCUCGUCGUCGCACUGCUGCUAUUUUCGAGAACGAAGUUAAGCGUCGCCACGAUGGGGUCGAAGCGCAGAAUGUCGAACUGUCGGCAAAACUAGAUGAAAUGAGAACAGGAGGCGUGGAGGUCCUGCGCGGACGAAAUGGAUGA